UUCCAGUAGAUAGCGAAGGAAUGCGGUAGCCCAAAUACUUCCCAGGAGCCCAGAUGUUUUUCCCAAUAAUGCCGUGGGUCAGCAGCGUGUUUGCUGUUCGAGCGCAUUGUUUGAGAUGGAGAAGUGGCGCAGGAGGGCGUACAGUACCUGUGUCGAGGCUCACGCCACGGGCGCACACACGCACAGCAAGGCACAGCGACUAUCACAGCUGAGUUCAUUCCCCGUCUCCGCUCGGUCUUCACGUUACUUGGCUUUACAUUAACUGCUAGACGACUUUUCUGCGUUUUUUGGACGAUUUGUGAAGAGAGGCAUUUCAAGUGGAGUGCUUAAGGAAGAGAGAGCUGUUUGCACAGAAGAGUAAAACGGCAACGUUUGUGCAUACUAGAGGAAACGGUGUUAAGAGACUGACUAAGUGAUUGACGUCCUGCUCCCUUGAGAGGAGGGGUGAGCGGCAGUCUCGUGGUACUCACCCCUCCUGGUCAGACUGCUGAUGCUGAAGAUGUUGACCCAUAGUGCAUGGCUGCCGUUCCUGCUGUUGCUGUGUGUUGUGUCUACUCUGUGGGGUUACCCCUUCAGACCCCCGCUAGACCUGGAUGUGACCCCCAGAACUACAGUCCUCUCCAACGGGCUGUUGGGCCUCAGGCGCUUCAGAGGCUCGACAUUGAACUACAGUUUAUUGCUGCUGGAGGAGGAGGCUGGCGUGCUGUACGUGGGAGCUAGAGGGGCUUUAUAUGCCCUGCAGGCUAGUGACAUCUCCAGCAGCUCUCCGCAGACCAUUGACUGGGAGGCAUCAGAUGAUCAGAAGCAACAAUGCUUGAACAAAGGAAAAGAUAACAAGACAGAGUGCUACAACCACAUACGAUUCCUGCAGAGAUUCAACAGCACACACUUGUACACUUGUGGCACACAUGCUUUCAGCCCUCUGUGUGCAUAUAUUGAUGGGAGGGAGUUUAAGAUCUCGUCGGCCUUUGAGGAGGGUCGAGAGAAAUGUCCGUAUGACCCCACCAAAGGCUACACUGGCCUGUUGAUUGAUCAGCAGAUGUACACAGCAUCUCAGUAUGAGUUCCGGAGCUUUCCUGAUAUCCGGCGCAACUCUCCGAAUCCCAUGUUGAGAACAGAAGAGGCUCCAACUCAGUGGUUACAGGAGGCUGACUUUGUGGGCUCAGCGCUGGUGAAGGAAAGCGUGAGUAGCUCAGUGGGAGAUGAUGAUAAGAUUUACUACUUCUUCACUGAGAAGAGUCAAGAGCUCAGUCCAUACUUCAGUCACAGCAGAGUCGCACGGGUCGCCCGUGUUUGCAAGAGAGACAGAGGAGGUCUCCUCACGCUACAGAAGAAGUGGACCUCCUUCCUGAAGGCCCGUCUAGUGUGUUCCUUACCUGACUAUGAGUUUCACUUCAACGUGUUGCGGAGUGUGUUUUUUCUGGAGAACUCCAGCUCUCAGGACUCCGUUUUCUAUGGCAUAUUUGGUCUGGAAUGGAAAAACGUAAAGGCGUCUGCUAUCUGCCAGUACUCCAUAUCGGAUAUCCAAUGGGCCUUUGAUGGGCCUUACAUGGAGAGCAAAGAGGACUCCAGCUCCAAAUGGACCCAGUACACAGGGAAGGUGCCAGAACCGCGACCUGGCUCGUGCAUCACAGAUCAGCUUAGAGCAAAAGGCAUCAACUCAUCCACCAACCUGCCAGACGAUGUACUUCACUUUGUCCGUCGCCAUCCGCUCAUGUACAGGCAGAUCCUUCCUCAAGAACAGCGCCCCCUGCUGUUUAGGAGGAAUGUGGAUUACACCAAAAUUGCUGUACACAGAGUGACUGGUCUAGAUGGUCAGAUAUACCACGUACUCUUCAUUGGAACAGAUGAAGGUUGGCUGCAAAGGGCUGUGAAGGUUAAUGGUCAGGUUAAUGGUCAAGCUAAAGCUCAGCUGCACAUCAUUGAGGAGCUGCAGCUGUUUGAGGAACCCCAGCCAGUGGAAAGUAUAGUCAUCUCUGAGAAACAGAUGAGUGUGUAUGUGGGUUCGCCCACCUCUGUGGUGCAGUUGCCCUUGUCCACAUGCAGCAGAUACUCCUCGUGCUUUGACUGUGUGAUGGCGCGUGAUCCCUUUUGUGCCUGGGAUGGACUGGAGUGUGUGGAGAUUACAUCACACAACAGAAGAGCCAAUCUGACACAGGAUAUUCAGAAUGGAAACCGAGGCUGUGAUGAAUCCACAGCAGAUGACCAAGUGUUACACCGCUCCCGUUCUGUGAUGGCGGGUGAUGACGUGCUGCUCCAGUGUGAGCUUAGCUCCAAUCUGGCAACCCCCAAGUGGAUGCUAAAUGGAAAGGAGCUGGAGGGUUACGGACUAGACUCCGGUUACCGCGUCGGCACCGACGGCCUCCUGGUCAUCGGGGCACGGCCUUACCAGAGCGGCGACUACUGCUGCUUCGCCCUGGAGAAUGGUGUCCAUGUUCCUGUGGUGAACUACAGCUUAACAGUUCGCCAGGAGCUUCCUGCACCUCCUCCUGUUGAGCCAACGCGUCCACGCUUGACCACAGCGACCUACUGGACCAUUCAAACUUCCCAGAGCGACUCCCCGGAGGACUUCGAUCCAACCCCAAUGUCUCCUCGCUUCGAAUUCCUGUCCGUGAGGAACAUGGAGGCUAUGUACCUAUCCCUAAUCACUAUCCUAGGAGGUCUGUGUUUUGUUCUAACAGUCGUCCUGCUGUACAUGGGAUUCUGUUUGCAAGGACGAAGGGGUAAAUACUCUUUACGGGCCGCAGCUCGUGCCGAAAGAAAGCGAGGAGCCCACAUGGAGCUGAAGACUAUCUCCAGCCACUGUAACGGGAAACAGGACGCUCCCGAUGGCCUGCUGCAAAUCGUCCCUGGAGAAGCAAUGACGUCACCAAACAAAGAGCUUCCACCCGCUCCACCUCUUCCACCGCCUCCAGAAUCAGAGUACGUCAAUGGACUCUCUGCCACUUUACCCAGCGUCUUACGCAAGAUGAAUGGCAACAGCUAUGUGCUGCUGAGACAGACAGAUGGAGACACCACGUCUCCCCUCUAUUACUCCUUCACGGAGGAGCUCAACAGGAUCCUGGAGAAGAGGAAGCACACGCAGCUGUGUAGUAAACCUGAUGAGAGCUCGGUGUGAAAUCGAGAUGCGUUUGAACUGCUAGUGUCCUCUCAAGUGUUCAAGGGCAGUGCCAUUGUCUAAUACCCCUUCUUCACCCGGACUAACUUUAACGGGAUGCUAAUGAGUAGCCACAGCUGCUUUUACUGGAAGAUAAACAAAGCAUUUGUAUUCCUCUAAAAGGAACAAUCUCCCUCUCCGUUUACAUUUCAAAUGUAGAGCUUGUGACUUUCAACAGACUGAGGAAAGCCCACUGGUCACAAAAAGCAAAGAGUAAACACAUACAAUGGAAAUUCUACCUCAGCAAACAGCUUUUGGCUUAUUUCAGCAUGCUUGCGUUAAAUUCGAGUUGGAGUUGGGGUUGUAUAGUCGUGGACACGCAGCAAGGAAACCUUCAAAGCAAAAGAGCCCAUCUGGGAGAAUCAAGUUAAUGAUUCAUUUACAAACUGGUUGGAGGAAACAUUUACAAGGCAGCACUGAGUAAGACAAACUCAGAUGGAGGUAUCGCACCAGGAUGGAGCAAAUUGUGUGAAAACUCUAGUGCAUCAAGCACUGAAUGUCUUUGAUAUGUACUUUAUUUUAAUAUUUUCUAAUUUAUGCCAACACUGACCAUAUCAGUAACAGCUUGUAAAAAUAAUCAUAAUUAAAGAAGUCCACUUCCUGAACACAAAAUUACAGAUAAUGUAUUCACCCCCUUGUCAUCCAAGAUGUUCAUUUCUUUCUUUCUUCAGUCGUAAAAUAAUUGUUUUUUGAGGAAAACAUUUUAGCAUUUUUCUCCAUAUAAUGGACUGCAAUGGUGCCCCGAGUUUGAACUUCCAAAAUGCAGUUAAAUGCGGCUUCAAAUGAUCCCAAAUGGGGUUGUAAAUGAUACCUGCAGAGGAAGAAGGGUCUAAUCUAGCGAAAUGAUUGGUUAUUUUCAUUAAAAAAUACCAUUUAAAUACUUUUAAAUCUCAAAUGCUUGUCUUGUCUUGCUCUGCCUGAACUCUGUGUAUUCUGGCUCAAAUCAGUUAGGGUAUGUCGAAAAAAUCUGUGCGUAUUUUCUCCUUCAACUUCAAAAAUCACUUCAAAAUCAUCCAACAUCGCUACAGAAGGACCGUCCCAGUUUUUGCAAAGUGAGCAUGCAAAGAAGAUCAAACACCCUUAACAAAAAAGGUGAAACAGCGAUAUAGGACGAUUUUGAAGUUGAGGGAGAACAUUAGAUGGGAGUUUUUCGACAUACCCUAACUGUCAUGAACCAGAAAAAAAUCAGAGCUCAGACGAAUGUUUGACAUUAAAAAGCAUAUAAAUUGUAUUAUUUUUAUGAGAAUAACUAAUCGUUUCACUAGAUAAAACCCUUCUUCCUUGGCUGGGAUUGUUUACAACCGCAUUUGGGAUCAUUUGAAGCCGCAUUUAAACUGCAUUUUGGAAGUUCAAACUCAGGGCACCAUAGAAGUUCACUAUAAAUAGAAAAAUCCUGAAAUGUUUUCUCAAAAAACAUAAUUUCUUUACAACUGAAGAAAGAAAGACAUAAACCUCUUGGAUGACAACGGGGUGAGUACAUUAUCUGUAAAUUUUUGUUCUCGAAGUGGACUUCUCCUUUAAAAAGAGCAGGGAUAACAGACUUUAAAAACAAUUAGAAAUGCACUUGAUGGUACUAAUAGUGUAAAUAGGGCAUUUAUUGAGUUUCACAGGGGUCGAAACCUAGUAAGAUGACAGUAUUAACCACUGAGAUGCACUUUAUGGACCAGUAGCAUUUGUUUUCCAUGAGGUGCUGCUUAUUGUGACAGAUCUGGAGAAGAUGGAAUGGAUUUCAUAGAUGGGACCAUUGCAAAAGAUGUGAAUAGAAACUGCUGCGAGAGGGAAGACUAUGUGCGCACUAACCCUGAGAACAGGGCCCCUAAGUCUGGAUUUGUUUGACUUAAGAUCUGUUAUGUCUCAGAUCUGUAUGUCUCUUGUAGUAUGAUAAGUCCACAUGCACAAGAACUGACAUGAUUCCUUGUCGGAAUCCGUCUUCAGAAUUCCAGAGUUGGCUGCUAGGUUUCCACGGCAACCGCAGAGCAGAGGUAAAGCUGAUGCUGACCUUCUUAGAUUAUCCUUUUGACAUGACCAAUUAUUACAGCACCCCUUACAGUCAGGUCUCACGGUCUUAACGGGGAUUAGCGAAUUAGUGCAGCGUCGUGAAAUUGGGCUUCUGCUGCCAGUAAAUAAACGAAAUUCAAUUCUAGUUGGGACAUGAUGAACAAUGAGUAUUGUAACAUGGUGAUAUUGGGGGGUUUAAUUAUUCCCUCACUUCCAGUAAGUCCAUUAAACCGUUGUGUAAAUGCUCGUCCUGGAACCGUUCCAGCUGCUCCGACUGCCCACACUUGCGUGCAAGAGCAUUUUGGCGUAUCUCCCACUACUUAAGGGGAGCGAAGCACCUGGUUCUGUCUGUUUAGAUCAGAAUAUGCAGAUUGCAAUGGAGCCGAGUGGAGAACAUUAAGGCCACAUGUUCAGAGCAGAGCUAAGAUGAGCACUGCUGAUAGUGCAGUUUGCUCUCUUCCUUAUGCUUUGUGUUCAGACUUACUGUUUUUGUCUUGUUUAGUAGAGUUGGACUUUUUUUCAAUUUCUGUUUUUUUCAAUGCGCUUUAUAGCAUAGUUAACCCAAAACAUUUGAAUUAGUGAAUUAUUAAACAAUUGAAUAAUGUCAUUAUUUAAAUAUUUAUCCUCAUGUCAUUGCAAACCUGUACUUUUUACACAAAAGAAGACAUUUUGAAGUAUCUUUCAAAGGCUCAAGGUCAGCAUUAUUUUUCUUACCCCAUUAGCAGAUAUUUUUCCUUGUUUCAAGCAAUUUUUUUUUUUUUGUUUUACCUCAGAAUAUUUGUCUUGUUGUUCAAUACAAAUAUCUAUACAUCCUUAAAAUAAGAGAGAUUUACCAGAGAAGCAAAAAUACAUGACAUUAAGUGAACUGAUGCUUAAAACAAUUAAAAAUAAACUUUUCCAUUUGAAUUAAAGGGGACAUAUCAUGAAAAUCUAACUUUUUCUGUGUUUAAGUGCUAUAAUCGGGUCCCCAGUGCAACUACCAACUCAGAAAAUGUAAAAAAAGAACAACCCAGUUAUUUUUGUUUUGGUAAGCCUUUCUCUGCAAGCAUGUGCAAAUACAAGCUGCUCAGAAAUGGGAUCUUAUUAUAAUAUUACCGCCCCUUAUCUGCACGUUUCCACCCAGGGUGUCGCCAUUUUGUUUUCACAAGCGACAACGGUGUACCAGUUCUAACGCCAUGGCGAAAGUUCAAGCAAAACAUGCUAACUGUUCUGUCGUUGCCUGCACAGAACACUAUUUAGCAUCCCAACCUCAGAGGAGACAAGAGAGCAGUGGAUUUAUUGAUUUAUUUACUCUAUAUUAUGCUGCUGCCACACAGAUCUAAUAUGAACAUGUGAUUUCUUUUUGUUGAAAGCUGUUUACCUUCACAGACAUAACUGACUGUUUUUGUAACUUGUGUGUUUUUAGCAUAAACUUGUGUGUAUUUGACAGUUUAAGUGCACUAAGACAUGAAAGAGAACUUAGUUUAGUACUCACAUGCCAUGUGGCAGCCACUUUCUGUGCAUGUGCUUCAGAUGUGUGUGCUCAGAAAACCCUGUAACAGAAGUUUAAACUGAUAUGGCUUUAAAAGCAUGAUUAUCAAAGCCAAACAGAUGUUUUUUGGCAGAGUAUCUGAGGCACGAGCUGUAAAGGCACAACCCUGUUCUGGAAAAGGGGGCGGGGAGCAGCAGCUCAUUUGCAUUUAAAGAGACAUGCACGAAAACAGUGUGUUUCUGCUUCCAGAAUAUGGAUAUGCAUUUUCGAAACAAUAUAAUAAAUGAUCUGUUGGGUAUUUUGAGCUGAAACUUUUUUGGGACACCUAAGACUUAUAUUACAUAUUGUAAAAAGUAGCAUAAUAGGUCUCCUUUAAGAUUAUCUUUCUUACCCCACUGACAGAUAUUUUUUCUUGUUUUAAGUGUAGAUUUUGAUAAGAUGUCUUGUUUUCUGAAAAAUUUAUGUUGUUUUGCUUCUCAAGUAAAUGUAUCUUGAUUUAUUAAUGUUCUGUUUCUACUUCAAAACCAGACAAAAAUACUAAGUAAGAAUCAUAUUCCAAAUCUUUUGAUCCCAGAUUCAAAAUGCAUUGCCUUUGGUGCAAAAACAACAUUGUGUGAGCAGACCUCUCAUGAUGAAUAUAGCACACAAGUCAUAUAGACAAAUUUUAUUGUACCUUUAUAGUGCUUUGUCAUUUUUGGAGCUUGACAGAUUGUUUCCUGCUGUUAAUCUUUCAUUUUUUUCCCCCUACAUCAUCCCUCCCUCUCUGAAUCCCUCACCACCACGUUUUUAUUUGCAUCUGACAAAUGGCUUUCAUGUCCGUGCAUACACCUCCAUCAUAGUGUCUAAUGAGAGCAAAAUAGAUCUGCAUACACAUCUGACCUCCGCUCUCCCAGAGGGUCACAAUCUGUGAUUAGAUGCUUGUCAUCAUGCAACUCUUAUGGUCUGUUCCUGCAAUGUUUACAUCCCUUGAGUCUUAUAUUCCUGUGAGAGAGGCACUCCUGCGGAUUCUUCUAGCAUGCCGGGACAAGUUUGUGGAUGAGAAAUAUCUCGUCUGCUGCCCGCAUUCAAAGUGAAUUUAAAGUGCACUAGAGAGAACAAGAUUGACAGAGAAAGAUCAAACGAGAGUCUGGAGAAUGCAUUGAAAUAGAUUGGGAAAUGGUCGUUAAGCCUUUUAGACUCAUUUAGAGCAACUACACAGAGCCCUGAGCAUCAGCCGUAUCUGAUUCCACAUUCAAAAAUGACACGUUAAUGUCGCUAAAAUGCCAUUGGUCCUCUUGGGUGUAGUAACUGAACACAAUGCGCUACUUUUUGGUCUGUUUUUGCAUAUUUCCUGGCUUCGGAAGACUUAAUAUACCACGCAGAUAGUCAUUUCCACCACUUUUAUGAUAUUUUUAAUGUUGUUUAAUGGCAAGAGCUACAUAAUGAUUUCAAUUUUAGCAAAUAAUAGCAGCAUACAGGUUUGAAAUGACAUGAGGGAGAGAGAAUAAUGACAGAAUUCCCAUUUCUGGGUAAACAAUCAAAACACAGAACCAUUUUGGGUUUCUUUUUGAAAGCGAAUUAGCGUCAAGACAUGCGCAGUCCCAAAAAGUGAAAUGUUGAACAAGACAAGAAAAUUACAUUAUCAGACACUUACAUUAUCAUUUCAAUCCUUACAAUACAAUUUAUCUCUUUGAUGCGUAAUGCAUAAUGCGUAAUGUAGUCGCCACUGAGGUAUAGUUGAGGUCAAAAGUUUGCAUACACCUUGCAGAAUCUGCAAAAUGUUAAUUAUUUUACCAAAAUAAGAGGGAUCACACAAAAUGCACGUUAUUUUUUAUUUGGUACUCACUUGAAUUUUUGUGUAUUUGAACCCUUUCCGACAAUGACUGUAUGAUUUUGAGAUCCAUCUUUUCACACUGAGGACAACUGAGAGACUCAUAUGCAACUAUCACAGAAGGUUCAAAUGCUCACUGAUGGAUUAAGAGCCAAAGGAUGAAAACUUUUGAAGAGAAUGAAGUUUUUUUUUGUGUGUAAAUAUCACUUUUUUUCCAUUUAGUAAUGCCCUUCAGAAGCUACAGAAGAUAGCUACAUGUUUCCCAGAAGACAAAAUAUAAGUUAAAUUUACAGUGAUCUUCAAAUUCAAAAAAGUUUUCACCCCCAGGCUUUUUUUAAUUUAAAAAAAAAAAUCAGCUGUGGAUCAUUCACGUAACAACUCGGUAUUAAGAAUCAAGCGUAUGAAAACUUUUGAACGGAAUCAAUUUUAUAAAUUUAACUACUAUUUUCUCUUGUGGACAUCUUUUGUGGGAAAUAUCUUAUUCAGGUAUGAUCCUUUUUAUUUGGUAGAAUAAUUCAUAUUUUACAUUUAGAUUUAGAUUAGAUUCUUCAAGGUGUAUGAAAACUUUUGACAUCAACUGCAUAUGGGAGAAUUGUUAUUGAUUUAGUGUGUUAUAUUGGUUUGUUGUACUAGUAAGCCAUUUGCCAUUUUCAAAAUGAACUUAAUGCUUAAUGAAAAAUUAAAAAGGUUAUAUGUCCUGUAUAGAUGACCAAAAGAGACAUAUAUUGAGUUUAAUUGGUCCCGUCAGUCAUGCAUACUUUAUUAAAAUAUACAAUGUAACUAAAGUGUGUCAGUGGAGAUAUUUAUUUUUCAGCUUUGUACAGUUUUGUGUAUAUUUAUUUUAGUAAUAUUUCAAACUGGGAUUUUCUAAAUUGUGGUUGGUUAAUGGUGCAUGGCUAUGCAUUUUUGCAAACAUUAUUUACAAUUUUUGAAAAACAAAGAUUUAUAAAAAUUAUGCUGAAAAUGAUAGAAAUGAAAUUAAACCCUAAUAAGUCUACUAAAGCAUGCGUUAAUUCCAUUUCCAUUAUUACUGUAUUGUAUUUUCCAAAAUUGUAAAAACUGUUUCCAGUUGUAUAUGUGCUAAAAUGUUACUCCACAUUCCAACUAAGCCGGUAUGCUUCCUAUUUCUCAUUUUGUGUUCAGAAAAUAUUGUUAAAGCUCCUGCAGAGCCGACCAUGUCUCAGAGUCACUUCAGUGCACAGUUGUAUGCCUCUUCAGUCGUGGGUAGGAUUGUGUGGGCUGCCUCUGGAACUGCAUUUAAUGAAGCUGGUUAGACCUGUGCCUGUCACCAUGGUGAAAAAGACCAUAGAAUUAUUAUCAAUUCGCUUAAUGUUUAAUUCUCUACCGCUCUCUCCAUGCAAGAAACAUUCUUGACUGUCUCGCCCUGUGUGUGUUCGAACAGUCAUAGCCCAAGGUGUACAUUUACUGUGUAUGUCUUUUCUUUUGUCCAAGGGUAAAGUGUUAUGCUUUGUGUUUAAUUAACACAUUAAUACUACAGGGACGUACUUGCAAGGGAGGAGGCUGAGAAGUGUGAAUUCACUAUGUUCAACAUCGGAAACUUGUAAGUUUGUUUACAUUUUACCUAGUAAAUCCUUUUAAUAAACAGUAUUGAUGCUUCUG